AGUCAGCUCCUGUUUGGCCCAAGACGAGGUCGCAGAUUCUAAGCAGCAGACCAAGAGUUGCAGGAGCUUUGGUAAGACCUUCGCCUUUGGUGGAAGGUCAUUCCUUGGUUUAGUCCAAGGCCAAAAUGGGUGACGAGUUCUUUGCUGGGAAGGCUGGCCCAGCAGUGACUUCUGCCGCCGCAGCAGCUGCGGCCAACGCUGCCAGUGCCGGCAGAGGUGCGAAUCCUUUGCCAGGGAUCCCUCCACAGAUGCCGUUCGAACCAUUCGACAUGAAUGAUGCGCAUCCGAUGAAAGUUCCUGUACCAAGCGACGGGCGAGGUAAAAAGGGAGGCGGAAGGGGAGGAGGCGGAAGAACACCUCAUCGUAAGGCAGCCCCACAGCCACCCCCACCACCAUCUUUCCAGCAAGCUGAGUGGGAUGCAUCAGCAUUUCAGCAGGCGAUUCCUCCAGCAUAUGGCAUACCGGCUGCAGCUGGGAUGGCAUACCCACCGGCACCAGCAGCUGGAAUGGCAGCACCGUAUCCCGUGCCAUGUCCUCCCAUGCCGGGUCCUAUGCAGAUGUAUGGGAUGACUGGAAUGAUGCCGUUUAUGUACCCUCCAAUAGCUUACCCACAUAUGCCAAGCUCUUCCCCGCCCCAACCACCGGAGAAAACCAAAAAAACGGGAAAAAACCAACAAAACGCGCAAAGCGCUCCAACAGGCAAAGAGGGAAAGAAGCGCCGUGGCAAGGCCAAGAGCAAGGAACCGUCCACGCCAGAGGCAAAUCCCGAUUGCAGCGAUGAGCUCCUUUCAGUACGCAACGCGCAGAGCAACGGUCUCAAGGCAAAGCUUUCCUUUCAGGAGGUCCUGCCGCACCUUCUUGAGUUUGCUCAAGAUCAGCAUGGAAGUCGCUUUCUACAAGGAAAGCUGGACGAAGCAAGCCCAGAGGAAAGACAGGAAGCUUUUGCAGUCAUUUGUGCGGAUGAUGCCAGCCCAGAUGCUGUCUCACUGGCCAAAGAUGUGAGUGGCAACUUCGUGGUGCAAAAACUCUUUGACAUAGGAACUCAAGAGCAAAAGAAGAAGCUGGCUGAGAGACUUCAACCGGAAGUUGCAAGCCUUUCAAAGGAUAAUUAUGGAUGUCGAGUUGUGCAGAAGGCAAUUGGUGCUGUCUCCAAAGACCUGCAAGUGAUGCUGGCUUCGUCGUUGCAGAGCAAUGUCACGGAAUGCAUCACCAACAUGCAUGGGAAUCAUGUUGUUCAGAAGUGCAUCGAGCAGAUGCCUCCUGACUCAGUCAGCUUCAUUAUACAUGCAGUGCAGGCGGAUACGGCGGCACUGGCUUCUCAUAUCUAUGGCUGCCGGGUUAUCCAAAGGCUGCUUGAACACUGCGCAUCUGGACAGCUUACUGAGAUGUUGGACAGGAUUUUAAGCAACAUCGAAGUGCUUUCCAAGAAUCAGUUUGGAAACUAUGUUGUGCAGCACAUGCUUGAGCACGGGCGAGUGCAGGACAAGGAGCGGAUCAUUGAUGUGGUGAAAGCUAAGAUUUUGGAUUUUGCCAUGGACAAGCAUUCAAGCAAUGUCGUUGAGAAGUGCUUCGAGGCUUCGACGAUUGGAGAGCAUGCUAAAGAACUUGAGGGAAAGCGCGCUCAGCUGGUUGAUGCUGUGUUGGGGCAACCUGGUGAUGUCAAUAGCCCUUUGUGUGAGAUGAUGACACACAGGUAUGGAAAUUAUGUUGUCCAACGGCUGAUGGAGUACAGCCGGGGAACGGAAAGGGAGCGCAUCUAUCGAACCCUGAGCGCUUUGCCGAUUGAUUUCAAGUCGCACCAACAUGGUAUGCACAUCAUGAAUGCGUUGCAGAAGGAUUUUAAAGAGUUCAACCAAGAUGUCAGCCUUGGGUAGCUGCGAUGCCACAUCACAAGCAUAUUUGGCUGCAGCCGGCCGAAUGUGAGCAGAGAACCUGGUGUACAGACUGCAAAUCAAAAAUCAGAGGGCUCAAGGUGCCCCAUGAAGCUGGAGCCAAUUCCGAGGCCGUGUUUGGGACGACAAAUUUGCGGAUUCCAGAGAAUCAG